AUGGCGCCGUUAGCUGAUCUCUCCAACAAAGUCAAGAACUUAGCUUUUGUAGUUCCUACUUCUCCUACCAUGGAUCCUCCUACUGCACCCUCUGAAGUGCCGGGGUUCGAUAAGCUGUUACCCUUCGCCAAGGUUAAAGUCUCUGAAUUCUACAAGGAGCCCGAGUUUACAAGGAAAUAUGACGGCAUGAGAUGCCCCAAGACCCAUUUAAAGUACUAUUUGGGCAAGAUGGCCUGUUACUCAUAUAAUCCUUCGCUCUUGAUUAAUUCCUUUCAGGAUAGCUUGUUUGGUCUUGUGUUGACAUGGUUUAUAGAAUUGGACUUGGAGAAGAUCCAUACUUGGGAGGAUCUUGCUAAUGAAUUCUUCCAACUAUAUAAGUUCAACACUGAAAUCGCUCCAACUCGAGAGGAAUUAGUUCGGGUCGAGAAAAUGAGAGUUGAAACGUUUAGAGCUUAUGCUCAAAGAUGGAGAGCUACUGUAUCUCAAGUAAAGCCACCCUUGUUUGAGAAGGAGGCUAUGAAAUUACUGCUUCAAGCCAUGCCUCGAGAUUUCUUCGAAAAAAUUUACAACCACACUUGUAUUAACUUUGCCGCUUUGGUGGAGUUAGGUGAAUGCAUUGAAGGGAUCAUGCAUGAAGGAAGGUUGAUCGAGAACACGAAUCGUCGAUAUGUCCUGAAGAGAGAUAAGGAAUCAACUGUGGAGAUUGCUUAUAUACAAAAUUCCUCUUCUCAUAAGCCAUAUAAUCCUCAGGCUCAUAAACCUGCCGUGGAGUAUGUCCUCCUGAUGGAUAUCCAAAAGUUGGAGCAAAUCACGCCAUUUGCUAAUCGUUGGUUGAAAGGUGACAUUGCUUGUGAUGAGAAGAUAGCUUGCUUAGCGAAGCUAGCUGAGUUGGGAAUUAUCCAAUAUGAAGAUGAUGAGUCCGCUCUAAGACAGAUGUCUUUGAUUGAAGUCGAUUUGUCUGGCGAGGAUAUAAUCUCAAAAGUCAUAAGGAAGGUUGGGAAUCCAAGUCAGGAUGACACUUGA